GGUGACAUAGAAAUUAUUGUUUUAUAUUUUUAUAAUUUGAAAUUUUUAUGGGUGGGUAUUAGGCUAAAUAAUUCCUAUAGGGAAUGAGAAAAUAUAUUUCUUCAUGACCGGAGCUUAAAUCUCACAACCUACAAAAAAAUAUUAAUUAUAUUUUCUCAUUACCUAUAGAAAUUAUUUAGCCUAAUACCCUUAAAUAAAAUAUAAAUUUUAAAUUUUAAAAAUUUGAUAGUCCAAUUUAUUAUCAAGAAAGUGCAAUAGCCCAGCUCCCCUUUUGCCCCUACCAUUAUUUUUCAAUGCAAGGCAAAUGGCCGGCUAACACCUUUGUUAUAAUGCACUCACCAUAACCCUCAAAACACCAAAACUCUCAACUUCAUAAAAUAAUUAUUAUAUUUGUUUGCCUUAAAAACUCAAGAGAAAAAUGAGUCCAACUGAAAAUCCUUUGAUUAAUUCAAACCCAAAAACAAUAAAAAUGGUAGAAAAAGAAAUGAAUUUCAAUGAAACCUUUUUUAUAACCCAUGGAAACCCAAUUUUAACAGUUGAAGAUUCUCAUCCUUUAAGACCUUUUUUUGAAACUUGGAAACAAAAUAUAUUUUCUAAGAAACCAAAGGCUAUUCUUGUGAUUUCAGGUCAUUGGGAAACUGAUUUUCCUUCUGUUAAUGCUGUUGAUAUCAAUGAUACUAUCCAUGAUUUUGAUGAUUACCCUGAUGCUAUGUACCAGUUGAAAUAUCCAGCUCCAGGGUCAAUAGAAAUGGCAAAAAAAGUGGAAGAAAUACUGACAAAAUCAGGUUACAAAACAAUAAACAUGGACAAAAAACGAGGACUAGAUCAUGGUGCAUGGGUACCAUUAAUGUACAUGUAUCCCCAAGCAGACAUCCCAGUUUGUCAACUAUCAGUUCAACCCAAGUUAAGUGGAACAUACCAUUAUAACUUGGGAAGAGCUUUGGCUCCUUUGAAACAAGAAGGUGUACUUAUAAUUGGUUCCGGAAGUGCUACUCAUCCUUUGGAUGAAACCCCACAUUUUCAUAAUGGUGUUGCACCUUGGGCUCAUGAAUUUCAUUCUUGGCUUCAUUCUGCUCUUAUAAAUCGAAGGAUUGAAGAAGUGAACACAUAUGAAAGCAAAGCACCAAAUUGGGAAUUAGCACAUCCAUUCCCAGAACAUUUUUAUCCCUUGCACAUUGUCAUGGGUGCAGCAGGAGAUAAUUGGAAGGCAGAGCUUAUUCAUAGCAGUUGGGACCAUGGCACCUUAUAUCAUGGUGCCUACAAGUUCACUUCCAACUAAAUAUUAAUUCAUGUUUAUUAUUGUUCUUGCAUUUAUCAUAUUUGUUUCUCCAUUAAAAUCGUUGUAAAUUAAAUGAUGAAUAAUUAGAUCACAAGAAUGCAUUACAUUAUCAUUGUGCCAUUUCAUGUCUUUUUAAUUCACAAGUUUGGGAUUUGUCACUUGUAA